AUGUAUAUGGUUACCAGUGCCCCCAUCCCUCCUUUCCUCCCUCCCAACUUCCACAACCCCCGCUACCAUCCCCUCCCUCUUGCCACGAGCUCGAGGUUCGGCAGCGGGUUCUGGGACAGGCUCGGCGGCAGGUUCGGGAGGAGGGAGGGGCUUUGGAACUGGGACUUGUGGCUUUUCCUUGUCAGUGAUUGCAAUGAUCUGAGGGCAAGCGGAGAAGGGAGGGGGGUGGAAGAAAGGGAGAGGAGGGGAGAGGAAGUAAGGGGAGGAGGGAGGAGGGUGGGGCUUUGGGACCUGUGGCUUGCGACUGGGAUUGGGAUUGGGAUUGGGAUUGGGAUUGGGAUUGGGAUUGGGAUUGGGAUUGGGAUUGGGAUUGGGAUUGGGAUUGGGAUUGGGAUUGGGAUUGGGAUUGGGAUUGGGAUUGGGAUUGGGAUUGGGAUUGGGAUUGGGAUUGGGAUUGGGAUUGGGAUUGGGAUUGGGAUUGGGAUUGAGCUUGGGCUUGGGAUUGGGAUUGGGAUUGGGAUUGGGAUUGGGAUUGGGAUUGGGAUUGGGAUUGGGAUUGGGAUUGGGAUUGGGAUUGGGAUUGGGAUUGGGAUUGGGAUUGGGAUUGGGAUUGGGAUUGGGAUUGGGAUUGGGAUUGGGAUUGGGAUUGGGAUUGGGAUUGGGAUUGGGAUUGGGAUUGGGAUUGGGAUUGGGAUUGGGAUUGGGAUUGGGAUUGGGAUUGGGAUUGGGAUUGGGAUUGGGAUUGGGAUUGGGAUUGGGAUUGGGAUUGGGAUUGGGAUUGGGAUUGGGAUUGGGAUUGGGAUUGGGAUUGGGAUUGGGAUUGGGAUUGGGAUUGGGAUUGGGAUUGGGAUUGGGAUUGGGAUUGGGAUUGGGAUUGGGAUUGGGAUUGGGAUUGGGAUUGGGAUUGGGAUUGGGAUUGGGAUUGGGAUUGGGAUUGGGAUUGGGAUUGGGAUUGGGAUUGGGAUUGGGAUUGGGAUUGGGAUUGGGAUUGGGAUUGGGAUUGGGAUUGGGAUUGGGAUUGGGAUUGGGAUUGGGAUUGGGAUUGGGAUUGGGAUUGGGAUUGGGAUUGGGAUUGCGCUUGGGAUUGGGAUUGGGCUUGGGAUUGGGAUUGGGUUUGGGAUUGGGAUUGGGCUUGGGAUUGGGAUUGGACUUGGGAUUGGGAUUGGGCUUGGGAUUUGGAUUGAGCUUGGGAUUGGGAUUGGGCUUGGGAUUGGGAUUGGGCUUGAGAUUGGGAUUGGGCUUGGGAUUGAACUUGAGCUUGGGAUUGGGAUUAGGCUUGGGAUUGGGAUUGGGCUUGGGCUUGGGAUUGGGAUUGGGUUUGGGAUUGGGACUGGUAUUGGGCUUGGGAUUGGGCUUGGGCUUGGGAUUGGGAUUGGGAUUGGGAUUGGGAUUGGGCUUGGGGUUGGGAUUGGGCUUGGGAUUGGGAUUGGGAUUGGGCUUGGGAUUGGGAUUGGGAUUGGGCAUGGGAUUGGGAUUGGGCUUGGGAUUGGGCUUGAGAUUGGGAUUGGGCUUGGAAUUGGGAUUGGGCUUGGGAUUGAGAUUGGGCUUGGGAUUGGGAUUGGGCUUGGGAUUGGGAUUGGGAUUGGGAUUGGGAUUGGGAUUGGGAUUGGGAUUGGGAUUGGGAUUGGGAUUGGGAUUGGGAUUGGGAUUGGGAUUGGGAUUGGGAUUGGGAUUGGGAUUGGGAUUGGGAUUGGGAUUGGGAUUGGGAUUGGGAUUGGGAUUUGGAUUAGGCUUGGGAUUGGGAUUGGGCUUGGGAUUGGGAUUGGGCUUGGGAUUGGGAUUGGGUUUGGGAUUGGGAUUGGGCUUGGGAUUGUGAUUGGGCUUGGGAUUGGGAUUGGGCUUGGGAUUGUGAUUGGGCUUGGGAUUGGGAUUGGGAUUGGGAUUGGGAUUGGGAUUGGGAUUGGGAUUGGGAUUGGGAUUGGGAUUGGGAUUGGGAUUGGGAUUGGGAUUGGGAUUGGGAUUGGGAUUGGGAUUGGGAUUGGGAUUGAGCUUGGGAUCGGGAUUGGGCUUGGGAUUGGGCUUGGGAUUGGGAUUGGGAUUGGGAUUGGGAUUGGGAUUGGGAUUGGGAUUGGGAUUGGGAUUGGGAUUGGGAUUGGGAUUGGGAUUGGGAUUGGGAUUGGGAUUGGGAUUGGGAUUGGGAUUGGGAUUGGGAUUGGGAUUGGGAUUGGGAUUGGGAUUGGGAUUGGGAUUGGGAUUGGGAUUGGGAUUGGGAUUGGGAUUGGGAUUGGCCUUGGGAUUGGGAUUGGGAUUGGGCUUGGGCUUGGGAUUGGGACUGGGAUUGGGAUUGGGCUUGGGAUUGGGAUUGGGAUUGGGAUUGGGAUUGGGAUUGGGAUUGGGAUUGGGAUUGGGAUUGGGAUUGGGAUUGGGAUUGGGAUUGGGAUUGGGAUUGGGAUUGGGAUUGGGAUUGGGAUUGGGAUUGGGAUUGGGAUUGGGAUUGGGAUUGGGAUUGGGAUUGGGAUUGGGAUUGGGAUUGGGAUUGGGAUUGGGAUUGGGAUUGGGAUUGGGAUUGGGAUUGGGAUUGGGAUUGGGAUUGGGAUUGGGAUUGGGAUUGGGAUUGGGAUUGGGAUUGGGAUUGGGAUUGGGAUUGGGAUUGGGAUUGGGAUUGGGAUUGGGAUUGGGAUUGGGAUUGGGAUUGGGAUUGGGAUUGCGCUUGGGAUUGGGAUUGGGCUUGGGAUUGGGAUUGGGUUUGGGAUUGGGAUUGGGCUUGGGAUUGGGAUUGGACUUGGGAUUGGGAUUGGGCUUGGGAUUGGGAUUGAGCUUGGGAUUGGGAUUGGGCUUGGGAUUGGGAUUGGGCUUGAGAUUGGGAUUGGGCUUGGGAUUGAACUUGAGCUUGGGAUUGGGAUUAGGCUUGGGAUUGGGAUUGGGCUUGGGAUUGGGAUUGGGAUUGGGAUUGGGAUUGGGAUUGGGAUUGGGAUUGGGAUUGGGAUUGGGAUAGGGCUUGGGAUUGGGAUUCGGAUUGGGAUUGGGAUUGGGCUUGGGAUUGGGAUUGGGCUUGGGAUUGGGAUUGGGCUUGGGAUUGUGAUUGGGCUUGGGAUUGGGAUUGGGCUUGGGAUCGGGAUUGGGAAGAUUGGGCUUGGGAUUGGGAUUGGGCUUGGGAUUGGGCUUGGGAUUGGGAUUGGGCUUGGGAUUGGGAUUGCGCUUGGGAUUGGGAUUGGGCUUGGGAUUGGGAUUGGGUUUGGGAUUGGGAUUGGGCUUGGGAUUGGGAUUGGACUUGGGAUUGGGAUUGGGCUUGGGACUGGGAUUGGGCUUGGGAUUGGGAUUGGGCUUGGGAUUGGGAUUGGGCUUGAGAUUGGGAUUGGGCUUGGGAUUGAACUUAAACUUGGGAUUGGGAUUAGGCUUGGGAUUGGGAUUGGGCUUGGGCUUGGGAUUGGGAUUGGGAUUGGGAUUGGGAUUGGGAUUGGGAUUGGGAUUGGGAUUGGGAUUGGGAUUGGGAUUGGGAUUGGGAUUGGGAUUGGGAUUGGGAUUGGGAUUGGGAUUGGGAUUGGGAUUGGGAUUGGGAUUGGGAUUGGGAUUGGGAUUGGGAUUGGGAUUGGGAUUGGGAUUGGGAUUGGGCUUGGGCUUGGGCUUGUGCUUGUGCUUGUGCGUGCUUGGGCUUGUACUUGUUUGUGA